AUGCCUAGCAUAGCGACGCAUCCGCAAGCGAAGUUCGACCCCAUUCCACCGAAUCUUGACCUCCAUGGCUUGGUCGACCGAACCCCAAAUUUCGAAUGGGUCCAACGCGUCCCCGCUUCCAGGAUCAAAAAGAAAGAGUUCGAGAAGCUCGUGUGGUACCAGGUGAUAAAGCAAGGGAAACCCCUGGUCAUCGAGGGCUGGAACAGCAAGCUCCCCAAGUCUUUGUUCAGUGCGCAGUGGCUCGAGGCCAGCUAUGACAAGAAACAGGAAGAUGUGCGCGAUAUCAACUCACAGGCCAAUAUCCCCAUGACCAUGGGCCACUAUCUGCGGUCGAUGCGCCAGCUGACCGAUCAGUGGACGCCAACGAAUUUCCAAGAUGAGCGGCGACAGCGACUCUACCUCAAAGACAUCGAUUGCCCACCAGAAUGGCAUGACCACCUACGCAAAGUUAUGCCGCCAGGCCUCUUCUACUUCAAUGAGAACGUUGAGGACCAUGGUCUGAGAGAUGACGACCUCUUCAUGGAAGAGCACACCGCCGCUCCAGCAGGGGACCUGAUGAGCAGCCUUCCCCCAGAAAUGCGGGCGCAGAAUCUCAUGUGCUACAUUGGCCACGAAGGAACAUACACACCAGCACAUCGUGAGAUGUGUGGUUCCCUUGGCCAGAACAUCAUGGUUGAAGCGUCCGGAAAUGACAACGGUGAGAAGGAGGGCAGCUCGAUCUGGUUCAUGACCGAAACCAAAGACCGACAGAUCGUUCGAGAGUACUUUCUGUCAAUGUUAGGCCACGACGUCGAAAUUGAGAAACAUUUUGCGCAAAUCAAUGCUUGGAAGAAAGCCACAUUCCCAGUCUACAUUGUCCAGCAGAGGCCCGGCGACUUUAUUCUGAUUCCACCUCUCGCGCCGCACCAGGUGUGGAAUCGUGGAACUAGAACCAUGAAAGUGGCAUGGAACCGCACAACAGUCGACACGCUUGAUCUUGCCUUGCACGAGGCGCUCCCGCGAGCGAGGCUCGUCUGCCGUGACGAGCAGUACAAAAAUAAGGCCAUCAUUUACUACACGCUGCGAAAGUACUACCAGCAACUGCAGGACGCUGCAGAGUCUCAGAUGUCGCUCCUGCUGGGUGAUGAAGAUAGCAGGGACUCUGAGAGGCUUCGGCAGCUAAAGAAGGAUUUCAAGAAACUCCUCCAGCUUUUUACAGAAAUCCUGGUCGACGAAAUGUUUGCCUCGAAGGAGAAGAACGUGGAGAUGAUACCCUUCGACUCAUGUGUCAUUUGCUCUUACUGCCGGUCCAACAUCUUCAAUAGGUUUCUGACAUGUAAACACUGCGUCCGAGACCUCGUUGAUGGUGACCAGGAUACAUACGACGUCUGUAUGGAAUGCUACGCCAUGGGCCGAUCCUGCCUCUGUGUUUCGGGGCUGUCUUGGUGCGAGCAGUGGGACUGGUCUGAGCUGGUUGAGAACUAUGAGGCGUGGCGGAGCAUGGUCAUCUUCAACGAUGGUUAUGUCGAUGUGAACCUGUCACCGCCGCCUCUCGAAGUUGCCAGAAUGAAGACGGGUAGAAAAGCAUUGGCUCAGGUCUGCCAGGAACAACUGCGGCGGCGACCUUUCAAUGAUAUCUCAAAACCCAACCAAGAGCCGGAUCCGGAGCCGUCAGAGCUUGAGGUUAAUGAAGAAGGACGGCCCAAAAAACACAAGAGGAAGAAGAAGAAGGGCGAUCUAUACAAGUGCCACACGUGUUGUCAUCAAGACUACACCUAUCGGCUGGCCUUCUGCACCAUGCCAGGUUGUAAUCAGGCAUAUUGCUUUGGCGUACUUUAUCGAGCUUUCGAUAUGAUGCCGCAGGAUGUGCUACAAGAGGAGCGAUGGCAAUGUCCCAGGUGUCGGUUGAUCUGCAACUGUGGGGGUUGUCGAAGGACGGGCAUCACGACUCCGUACGAGCCGAAGAAUACGUACAUCGGGCAUGACACCCGCGCUGUGGCAGAUGACCGCAGCCAAGAGUCCUUGGUCGAUUUUCGCGUGCACAACUUGAACUGGCUCAACGCCGCAGGCGAUGGGAGUCGCAACCACAACAGCAAACGAAUCCAGCGACUACGCCAGGAAGCCGAAGCAGACAAGGCCAGAGAUAACGUAGAAGCUGCAGGUGACCUUGCUGACAACAAUGGAGUUCCUCAUCAGGACGGAACGACGCUGCAGCCUGGCUUAAUUGAGCCCGAAGGCCAGGGAGAGACAACGGAGGCCGCCAACGCAGCUUUGACCCACGAGCCUGCUGCGACCGGCCUCGAGCAGCAAGCAUCCAACGGCGCUGCCAACGGCACGGAUCUGUCUAUGCUUCCCGAUGCUCAGGUUUCUCUUUACCCUGAGACUGAAAACUACCCAGACCCGUCGAAGCUCGGUGCAGAACGAAGACUGGGAAUGGGAUAUUAUGAGCAGGAUGACACUGCUGACAAGAUUCUUUUCAACCCGUACCAAGAACCAACUGAAAGAGGUGAUGUCAGUGAUUUUGAGGAGUCCGAGUGGGUCAAAAAGUCAUUGCGUGCGGCCAAGCGUCGAGCUCGGCAUGAAGAUGACGAAGACCCAGACUUCGUGGUGCGCAGGUCACAUAAGAGGAAGAAGACCAAGCCGGAUGCACAAAUGUCGCGAGACAGCACACAGAACCUCGAUCCGGCACUGCUCGGCAAUGACACGGUCAUGCAUGAAGCUGCUCCAGUUGCGACUGAGCCUCAGGGAGCAUCCAAUGACCUAGACGAUCCAUUCGCUGAGCAGGAUGGGCGGGAUGAGCGGGACGAGCAGGAUGAGGGACUCGUCGAUCGUGGUCGGCCAUUUGAUCCGAAUGUACCCACGCUGCGGCACUCAAAGCCAAAGGUCUCCUACGCAGAUACGGGGGACGUGGAUGAAUUCAACGAGGUCGUGCUGACAAGACCGAAGAACCAUCUGCCCAAGGCUACGCCAGCGACGGGUGAAUCAAGCAGAGACCCUAUCGAUCUCGCUGCUCAGGCCAUGCGUGCGAUUACUGGUGCUCAGCCAAGCCCAGAUCCCGCGUCCGCUCCCACUCGCAAGAAAGGGCCGGGAAGACCUCGACGGUCCGACCCAGGACCUGCGCGCUCUUCGCCUCAGGCCACUGCCAAACCCACUACGCCACGAACGGGGCCCUCAAAGCGGCGCGGUCGGCCCCCAAGAUCAUCUUUGGCCGCCGGAGCCCUUGGUGUCGACAAUGAGCCAGGCACUCCAACUGAUUCAGCUAUCGACGACCUUGAACAACAGCUCGCCAAAGAACUAGGAGAUGAGGAGGCGUCUGCUGACUCAACUAGGCCACCUGUGCCUGCCCCAAGGCGAAGAGGCCGGCCCUCGAAGGCGACCGUGCAGGGGCCGGAGCAGCCGCCUCGGAAUGGGCCAACGCGGCCCGGGGCAUCACCUGCAGCUGAGUCUGGACCUCCGGCCGAGAAGUUCAUGUCCAUGGCUGAGCGCAUGGCGCUCAGAGGCAAGAAGGUCAAGAUAGGAAAGAGGAGAAGUGGCCGAGGAGCCGCCGCAACAACGUCGGACGCGGACGGCGGUGCUCAGGCAGGUCCUGCGGACGACGCACCCACCGAGGCAGAUGGAAUGCCAAAUGACAAUGGCCCAUCCGGCCCGGUAGAGCAAGCCCCGGACAGUGACGAGGCGCCUGGCCCGGUAGAUGAAUCCAUACACAAUUUUGACGGGCUCGCUCCCGCUGCAGUGUCGGGGAAUGACGACGUGCCAGCGGAUGAAAACGAGUCUGACGGAGGCGAACAGUACGUAUCAUCAGGGCCAGCAAGUGUCGCACCCGAUUCAAAGGAGGCCAGCGUCGCACCUCGGUCGAGGCUCCAGAGUUCGUUGCCCUCUUCUUCAAGGGGCUCCAGCCGCGCGCCAGGUCAGUCGGUCAUCCAGCCAUCGGAGACCCCCACACCGCCCCAACCGCUCCCAACCAAGCCGGCAGGGCCCACGGUCGUGCGACUUGGUGACUCGGAUGACGAGGAGACGGGAGGGCCCACAGUUGUGAGAUUGGGCGACUCGGACGAUGACGAAUACAGCUUUUACAGCGGGGACGGCAUUAGUGAACACGGCUCCAUUUCUGGUCCUGGAUCUGUCUCCGGUUCCCGCUCUGCCACUGUCUCCGGGUCCGACGAAGAUGAUGAUGAUGAGGACAUCCCAGCACAGUCAUCGGCUCGAGCGAAUUCAGGCCCAAGCAGUCGCAUGGCUACGAGAGGCAGUGGGAUAAGAGGUCGAGGACGUGGUCGGGGCCGGGGCCGGGGCCGGGGACGGGGACGGGGAUGA